AAUCGAUGCACGUGAACUAUCGUAAACAGUCGUUUUCCACCUGCUCGCGAAUAUGCAUCUCUCCGUUCGACAACCACGAAAUCCAAACUACGAGGAAGACAUCGUUUACGUGACGAAACACAACAAAUGGGUUUUGAAUUCCAUCGGGAUGUGGCCCGCUAUGCUAAAAGGCGUGGGCAAAUUUGUACCAAAAAUUGUAAUAGGUCUCAGUAAUUUCGUAUCAGUUUUCAACGUACUGCAAUUUGUGCUUCACGUUAUACUGGAAGAAAAAGACCCUUCAUUAAGACUGAGAUUUUUAGGCUUGAUUUGUUUUGCUUCAACCAAUCUGAUGAAGUAUUGGGCUCUGAUAGCGCGCAGAUCGAACAUCGAAUACUGUAUCGAACAGGUGCAGACAGAUUGGAAGCAGGUAGAAUUCCAAAGAAAUCGAAUGCUGAUGCUAAAAUAUGGAAAAAUCGGUCGAGAUCUCACCAUAUACAGUGCCGUGUUCAUGUACAGCUCUGAAAUGUGCUAUAUUACAAUCAUGCAAUAUGCAAUGGCAUCAGUCCUGAGGGAAAAUAAUCGUACAACCAGAGUGCUAGUGUACCCUACAUAUAGUGGAUUUUUCGACGCCCAAAAAACUCCCAUAUACGAAAUCGUGUACGUUCUCCAAUGCAUGUGCACUCUUUUGUUCAACUCUGUGACAGUUGCGUGUUGUGGAUUGGCUGCACUUUUUGCAACACACGCUUGUGGGCAGAUUGAUGUCGUUAUAUCUCAAUUAAAUGAUCUGGUCGAUGGAAAAUUCGCUACGAAAAAUUCUAAACCGGAUACUCGUCUGAUAGAAAUCGUAGAGAACCACAUAAGAAUUUUAAAAUUUUCUACGAUGAUUGAGACGGUUCUGCAGGAAGCGUGCUUUUUCGAAUUCGUUGGUUCCACGUUGGUAAUAUGCUUGCUCGAAUACUACUGUAUAACGGUACGUUCUUGUGUUGCUUCUGAUUUAUGUCUUCCGGAAUUUUCCAUACUCUUAUGUAUUUAGUAGGAAUGGCAAGAUAAUAAUAAGAUCGGUGUGGCAACAUUCUCGAUGCUAUUAGUAUCCUUAACAUUUAAUAUGUUCUUGUUAUGCUACAUUGGUAAUCUUCUAAUAGAAAAGAGUACUAACAUCGGAAUAUCUUGCUAUAUGAUUGACUGGUAUCGUUUACCAGUCAAAACAGUUCAAGAUCUUAUGUUGAUCAUCGCUAUGUCGAAUAAUCCGGUGAAAAUUAGCGCCGGCAGAAUAUUUCUUUUAUCCUUGCCUACUUUCGGAAAUAUUCUAAAGACAUCAUUCGCGUACUUAAACUUCGUUCGGAAUGCCACUAUGUAAUAAUUUAAUAAAUAUUCCGUUAUUUUCGUAUAUUCACUUGUGGAAUAGUAAAUAAAGAAAUAUAUUGUAAAACUGUUUG